UUGGGACGCGUAUGUGAUAAAAAUAUGUACUCCGUAAAACUGAGAAUUUUCUGUAUUUUUUAUUAGAAAGCGUCGUUGUGCCGGGGGGAUGAUGAGGCUGUAAAUAUGGCUGAAACAUUCCGAUCUUGUAAUCUGCCAACUGUCAAAUGCAAAUGAUCCGUUCAUUUUUAAAACAUAUUUAAGAAAUUUUACUACAGGACUUGGUGCAGCAUGUCAACAAAAAAGCUUCUUGUGUUGUCUGGUCCUAGCGGUGCCGGCAAGUCCACUUUACUGAAACAGUUAUUGAAAGAAUAUCCAAAUAAUUUUGGAUUUUCUGUCUCCCAUACAACACGAAAACCUAGAAGUGGCGAAGUAGAUGGAAAAGAUUACCAUUUCUCGCAGCGUGAAGAAAUGUCGAAGGCCAUCGAGGAUGGUGAAUUUUUAGAACACGCCUGUUAUUCGGGAAAUAUGUAUGGAACCAGCAAGAAAGCAGUCCGAGAUGUUCAAGAGCAGGGAAAGAUCUGUAUCCUAGAUGUUGAUAGACAGGGAAUACUUAAUGUAAAAAAUGCCGGCAUAGAUGCAUUUUAUCUGUUUAUCAAACCUCCUUCGAUGGCAAUUCUGGAGAAAAGAUUACGUGGACGUGGUACAGAAACAGAAGAUUCAAUUCAAAAAAGACUGGGUAUUGCCAAGGCUGAUUUGGAAUAUGCUGAAGUAAAGGAUGCAUAUGAUGCAACCGUGAUAAAUGAUGAUCUACAGCAGUCAUAUAGUCAACUGAAAGAAGUUAUUAGUAUGAAUAUCUGUCCUCUCAUUUGAAUUUAAUUCAUUUCAUUGAAAAUGACAACAUAUGUCCUCAAUCAAUCAAUCGUGUACCAUUGUUAUAUUUAUUUUCCCAUGCAAUGAAAUUUUAAUAUAAUGAAUAAUGUAUUGAUCAAUUUUACAUGUCUUUUUAAGAAAAGAAUUUUGAUCUUGAAUUAAAUUUUUUGUCCCUGA